AUGAUGAGCAACAAAGACAUCAGAGACCAGGUUGCUUCUGGAGGCCAAGAGCAGAGUGGUGUCAGUGCUGGACAAGCAGCUGAGACAUGCAGGAGCCUGAGAAUGUUUGGAGUUCUUCUCAGGGACCUCUUCAUCUUGCAAGUUGUACGGUUGGUACUAACUUACAACUUUUCUAACUGUAACUUCAAGGAGAUUUCAAAAAUAUAUUCUGAAGCAAUUUUUCCUGACCUGAAUGAAUAUUUGAAUGGGAGCACAUUCGACCAAAUCGAGGUCUGUGACGACUUGGAGAAAGCAGUAGGAACCCGCUUCAGCCCCGGGGAGGAAAAGGGCCAAUGGGAAACCCGGAGAAACGAAGUCGAAACACCUCCCGGGGUCCCGGGGCUGGGCGGAGCCAGCAGGGGUGGAAGCCCUUCCAGUAGGCGCUCUCGGCCACCCUUGCCAGGCCCCUCCCUCCUGGGGGUUGAUUCCAUUUCCCUCUCUCAACCCAGGCUCUGGAUUCUGAUCCCUGACUCCUUCCUCUGUCUUCCGUUCCUCUCCCCAUCCCCCACCCUGCCCCCCUUCCAUUCAGUUUUUAAUUUCUGGCGUUUUCUUUGCUCCCUGAACUCGGCCGCUUGUGAGCAGACAGAUUGUCUCAUGAAAAUCGAGUACCAUACUCUCAAUCCUAUCCCUGGCUGCCCAUCACUCCCCCAAAAACAUUCGCCUUGAAAACGAAAGGGGCCCCUCGUUAGCCAAUGCCCAGGCUACUCUGAAACUCAGAGAAACAAUCCUCAGGAAAUGAAGCAAGAAGUCGAAAACAUCUGCCUGAAUCAAACCUCCCAAAUACUGUGGCUGUGGUUUACCCUCCGUCAAACUCUAUGAUAUUAAACUUAUCUUUUAUUAUAUAGUAUGAAAGUAUAUCAUGUUUUAGUAGAUAUAAUACUAAGGGUGUGACAUUUAAAAGAACACUAAUGUUUAGUCUUUAAUUACAGAAAGGAUUCUUAACUUAUUUUUGGCAAAUUGCUACUGUUUAGUGUAGGCGCUUUAAUGGGAGAUGAGCACAGCCCCUCUAACGUCAACGGAAAUACCUGCACUGUUGAUGGCCGCCUUCUGAACAGGGUGUCUCAUCUGCACCUGCAGACACCUCACUCUAGGGCAAACCUAUAAGUGUAGUAGGGAAGGGAAUUGAAAGUGGAAAAAAAAGGUUGGAACCAAUGAUAGCAUCUAAACUCUGUUUAACAGCAAGAAUUUUUUUUUUGUCUGUAAUGAUUCUUCUAACAUUCUUAUAUUUGACUAAGAAGUAAAUGGCAGCAGAGGAAAUUGUACAAGCAGUUAGUGCCACAAUGAAGCAGUCUGAAAGAAGCUUGUGGAAUGUACGGCUGUGAAUGCACUGUAAAUCCAGCUUUAAAAGUGAUCUAACAGACAACAGACCCUGAAGUGCCUCUGUGCAGCUACCAGACAUAUAUUUAAGGUUGUAUGUAAUGUAUUUCUAAUUUAUUUUAUGAGGACUUUUGAAAAUACACAUGCUGCUUUGUAACAGAUGUAUUUCUUAAUAAAAUAAUUCUUGCGUUACUUUCUCA